GCUGUCUGCGCGGUGGGCUGGGACCGCCCUGCAGCGUCUGCAGCGGGUCGGGCCCGAGAGCCUCGAGCAGCCCGCCGGGCACCUCCGUCCCACGCUCCCACCCCCUCUCCCGCGUCGGGGGAGGCGGUGUGUCCGGCGGAGGGUUGUGGGGCGAGGGGCAGGGCUGGAGCGCCAUGAGCAGCCCGGAUGCGGGGUACGCCAGUGACGACCAGAGCCAGCCCCGCAGCGCGCUGCCCGCGGUGAUGGCCGGGCUGGGCCCCUGUCCCUGGGCCGAGUCGUUGAGCCCCCUCGGGGACAUGAAGGUGAAGGGCGAGGCGGCGGCGAGCAGCGGGGCGCCGGCCGGGGCGGCGGGCCGCGCCAAGGGUGAGUCUCGCAUCCGGCGGCCGAUGAACGCCUUCAUGGUGUGGGCGAAGGACGAGCGCAAGCGCCUGGCGCAGCAGAACCCGGACCUGCACAACGCCGAGCUGAGCAAGAUGCUGGGCAAGUCGUGGAAGGCGCUGACCCUGGCCGAGAAACGGCCCUUCGUGGAGGAGGCCGAGCGGCUGCGCGUGCAGCACAUGCAGGACCACCCCAACUACAAGUACCGGCCCCGGAGGCGCAAGCAGGUGAAGCGACUGAAGCGGGUGGAGGGCGGCUUCCUGCACGGCCUCGCCGAGACGCAGGCCGCCACGCUGGGCCCGGAGGGCGGCCGUGUGGCCGUGGACGGCCUGGGCCUGCCCUUCCCAGACCCGGCCGGGCCCGGGCAGCCGUCGCCCCCUCCCGAGGCGCUGCCCUGCCGCGACGGCGCGGACCCCGGCCAGCCCGCCGAGCUCCUCGGGGACGUGGACCGCACGGAGUUCGAACAGUACCUGCACUUCGUGUGCAAGCCCGAGAUGGGCCUCCCCUACCAGGGACAUGACUCCGGUGUGACCCUCCCCGACAGCCACGGGGCCAUUUCCUCGGUGGUUUCCGAUGCCAGCUCUGCGGUAUAUUACUGCAGCUAUCCUGACGUGUGACCGGUCCCCGGUCCGACCCAGUCUGCGGGCCAGAAGCGCAGUGUUACACACUUCCCGGAGGACCUAAGGAAAUCCUCGGCUUCGUGGUGGUGUGUUGUGUUUUUAAGUUGCCUAGGCAUAUAAUUUAUGGUAAUUUAUUUUGUCUGCCACUUGGACAGUUGGGGGAGGGGGAGAAAGGUGAAAUUUGUUUUCAGGUUUGUUCAGAUACUCGUUUCGCACAGUUACCUUGUUGAAACCCCUUUUCCCGGUUCAAGCAGACCCGUUUUGAAUAUGUCCCCGAGUCACUUGACCCGUUUUCUGAAAAGUUAUUGAUCAAAAACACUUUUGUCAUGGGUGUGUUUCCUCAGUCUUUAAAAAAAAAAAUAAAAUCUGGAAUCUUUUUUUCA